UCUAUAUAAAGCUCGAUUAAUGUAAUCGUCAGUAAAAGAGUAUCUUAGAUUAAUGUUCUGUAAAGAAACAAAAGUGUGUGGGUAUAUAAAAGAUCAUGAGAUGAUUGUUAACAUAAAAUUCAAUACAAUAUCGAGCAAUAUAUCACGUAACAAUUAAUUAAUCCAGCUACGAUAAAAAAGUAGUAAGCACACGAUAGUCAGCUUUAUAUGUUAAGAAAAAUGGUUCGGAUAAAAUGGACGUUAACAAAGGCUCCAAACAUCUUUAAACUUAAUGUGAAGCAAAAAUGGUGGCGCCUUCAAAUUAUUAUAAAAUCUUUAUUCUAUAAUGACUUUUUGAACUGGAGUUACAUCUGUGAUAUUCUUUUGGAACCAAUGUUUUGGUUCGUAGAAAAUUUCACUGCCUGCUUAGGACCGGUAUUUGUAGUAAUGGUAAGCCUUUUGACUGCAUGUAUAGUGUACAUUGCAUAUUACAUUGGUCUACCAUAUUGGUGGGAGAAGAGUCCAACAAUGACAGUAAUCCUGCUAUUAGUUGGAAACUGGUUACUAGUCAAUGAUUGUUUUCAUUAUUAUAUGGGAGUAAACAUUCCAGCUGGCUAUCCACCACAAGGUAGCCUGAUUCCAGAGGCUGUAAGCAUUUGUAAAAAGUGCAUUAAACCAAAACCACCUAGAACACACCAUUGCUCGGUAUGCAACAAAUGCAUUCUUAAAAUGGACCAUCACUGUCCAUGGCUGAAUAACUGUGUUGGACAUUACAACCAUAGGCAUUUUUUUCAGUACAUGGCUUUUACAGUGCUGGGAAUUUUAUUUAUUAUGCUGUUUGGAGUUGAAAUAGCAUAUCAAGAAUUCUUUCCUGCACAAGAUCCUGAAUUAGAUGGCCAUCCAGUGCGGAUUAACAAUUCUGAAAUUAUUCCCAUGUUCGAAUCUCUGGACCAUUUAAGCGAAGAAGAAUUAGCGGAAAUAGCCAAACAAGCUGCUGAUACAAACGCUAAAGAAUGGAGGCGACGACUUAUAAUCUUUGCAGCGUUAAUUUGCGUGGCGACUUUCGCGGCACUGGGAGCGUUAAUGUGGUGGCACGCGGGUCUUAUUACCAGAGGGGAAACAAGUAUAGAGGCGAGAAUAAACAGUACGGAAGCACAGAAGUAUACUGAUCUUGGAAAAGUGUAUCAAAAUCCAUAUAAUUUUGGACCUAGACAGAAUUGGAAAAUAUUCUUAGGCAUAGUUGGCAGAAGUUGGUGGCGUGUUUUUUUACCAUCGAAUCAUGGCCCAUACGGGGACGGACUUACAUGGAAAACUAUUCACGAUACAAAGAUUUCGUGAAUAUAAUUUCGACGUUUUAAACGGCGACGAUUGCAUUUAUUUUUAAGUUACUUUCACAGUUUUUAAACAGUUCUAGUCAACCUGCAACUAUUCAGUAGUCCAUACAAUUCACACGAUCCGUAGGUGAAACUAGAUAUAAAAUAUUCCGAAAGAGUUAAUAUCAUUGUAAGAAGAAUAUUCCGUUUUUACGUUUACAAAGUAAUCCAACGAGUGUGUGUAUAUAACGAUUACAUUUCACAAUGGUACAUCUAAGAAAUGUAUGCCAUUACCUUUAAUGUACAUUAUUAAGCAAUACUACCAUUAAAUGUAGUUUAAACUUUUAAUCUUCAACUUG